AUGGCCCUUGUCCUUCUUUCUUCGUCUCUCGUGUAUGUCGUCGCAAUUAAAAUCCCGACGGAAGUUGCCAUUGGAUUCAAGCCGAUGCAGGAGCUCUGGCGAAGACAGGUACUACUAGAAAUGUUGCAGUGUAGUGUUCAUUCCUUCCUCAACCAAAUAGGUCUCGCCCAACAUGAGGCUACAGCUUCCGAGCUACAGAGAGCCUUUUACCUUCUGAGAUGUCUUGUUACUCUUCUUUCUGAAUCUUCUUAUUUCACGCGUAUAUCAAAAAGUAGGUGUCACGUCUUCAAGGGCUCUUUCCUUAUCUGUGUCUUUCUUUUGUCUGGCGUCACUGCGGUCCUUGAUUCGAUGCUCUGUCCGGGUCUCGUUUCCAUUGGCUUCAGUGGUCAGGAGCAAAGCACCCUCGCGGGAUGUCUAUAA